AUGGCACAGGCUAGGGAAGAAGCAGGGGACAGCCACCUGGUGUCUGGUUGUGAGCCAUCAUCUCAUGUCAUCAGAGUGUCUGUCAAGACCCCACAAGACUGCCAGGAAUUUAUGCUGGCAGGAAAUAGCAGCAUCCGCCACUUUAAGAAACAGAUCUCCAAACGCUUUCACUGUGACAUUGACCGACUAGUGCUCAUCUUCACCGGAAAGAUUCUCCGGGAUCAAGACAUACUGAGCCAACGAGGCAUCCUUGAUGGAACUACGGUCCACUUAGUGGUGAGGACCCCUUUGAAAGGAACUCUGCCCAGUCCCGGAAAUCUGCCAGACCCCACAGGCCACUGCACCCAUCGUUCUGAACCCUCCACCUCAGAGAGUGCUGGGAUACUGGGCAGGCUAGGCCGGCUUGCCCGGAGCUCACCUGAUCUGACUGACUUCCUUGGCCAACUGGCUCAACUCCUAAAGGCUGCGCCCCAGCCUGUGGUACAGUUCUUGGAAGAACCUCUGGUUCAAGGCCUGGCAAAUGAGAAACCAGCCAAUACCAGUCAUGUUCCUGAAUUCUCAAGGCCAGCACAGAAACCCGAGCCAGUUAAGGCUCUAGAAACCUUGCAGAACCCAGCCCAGCAACAGGAACCCCUACAAGCAGACAAGGGGGGGCUAGAGGCUUUGAAGGCAGUGCCAGGUGGUGAUAAUGCUAUGCGUCCGGUCUGCUCUGAUAUCCAGCAGCUCAUGCUCUUCACUCUGUCCACCCUGGUUGCUUCCAAAGGCAAUAACCCAGGUUUAGAGCUUUGCAGACGUGAGACCAAUGCUCACAGCAGUACUGACACAACUGCUGCCAUCCCCAAAGUCUCUGCCCCUGCCAGGCCAUUGGCACAGGAGGUCAGCGCAGGAGUAGUUACCCAGGCCAGGGGCAUGGCCUCAGAUGAGGCCAAUUCAGAGUGCAGGACCAGUAUGCUGGAUAUUUCCUCCCAGGAUGGCCAGCAGUCCGUAGGGAAAGCUACUCUAAUCAGUCAGCUGAGACCCUCACCUUCUACCUUAUAUAGAUCCUUGCAUGUUCUCCAACAAAAUUCAGCUCUGUUACACCAGCUGGCCACUGGCAGCCCCCUGCGACAUCAUAUACCACUACUUCCCAUACUCACCAACCCACGAGCACUGCGGGCAUUGAUACAAGUAGAAAGGGGCCUGCAGGUACUGUCCAGGGAAGUGCCUGGACUGGGGCCUUGUCUGUGGGGCCCAGGUAGACCACAUAGGGCUACAGGAGCCCCUGAAACUAGGGGUGGAGGACAUGGUCACAGAGCAGACCUUGAGAAACCCACAUUGGCCGUUCUUCAGCUCCUCCAUGCACUGGCCAAUGCCUGCUCCCAGUCUACCCAAUCCUCACUGUCCUCACCCCCCUUCACUGAAGGCCACUACCAGCAGGAACUGGAGCAUCUGAAGGCCAUGGGCUUUGCUAAUCAUGAUGCUAACCUGCAGGCCCUGAUAGCCACAGGGGGAGACCUCCACGCUGCCACUGAGAGGCUACUGGGGGAACCAGAGGCCUAG